AAACGAGCCCUUCUCCUCCUCUUCUUCUUCUUCGCAAUUAGGGUUUUCGAUUUCGUGCGAUUUAGGGUUAGGUUUAGGGUUUUGAACGCAUCCGAGAGCGCGAUCUCGAUCUCGAUCUCGAUCUCGAUCUCAGUGAACAAUUGGAUUCAAUGUCGUUCGAUGUUAGCGGACUUUCGCGCUUUGCAUCCACCGCCCUUUCUUCUAGAUCCAUCUCCUUAUCGAUUCGCUACUACAUAUUAAGAAUGGUAACUUGAAAAGCAUGCUAGAGAAUCUAGUUUGAAAGGGAAAAAAAUAGGGAAGAGCAUCUGAAAGAGGGCAGACUGUAAUUCAUGGUGAAGACGGUGAAGGUCGGCAAUGUCUCCCUCAGUGCUUCCGAGCAAGAUAUUAAGGAGUUCUUUUCCUUUUCGGGGGAUAUCGAACACGUAGAGAUGCAAAGUGCCGAUGAGUGGUCGCAGAUUGCGUAUGUCACUUUUAAAGAUUCUCAAGGUGCAGAGACGGCUCUUCUUCUUUCGGGCGCGACGAUAGUUGAUCUCUCCGUCAUCAUCACACCGGCCCCAGAUUACAAGCUACCUCCCACGGCCUCUGCUCCACCCUUGCCACAGAACUCUAAGCCGUCGAGUGGUGCCGAAACAGCUGUUCAAAAAGCCGAAGACGUGGUCGCGAGCAUGCUUGCCAAGGGUUUCGUCCUCGGCAAGGACGCCGUCUCCAGAGCGAAAGCCUUUGACGACAAGCACCAGCUCACCUCCACCGCCACCGCGAAAGUGGCUUCCUUCGAUAAGAAGAUCGGGUUGAGCGAGAAAAUCAGCACGGGGACUUUGCUCGUGAACGAGAAGGUGAAGGAGAUGGACCAGAAGUUCCAGGUUUCCGAAAAGACUAAAUCGGCGCUCGCCGCCGCCGAGCAGAAGGUGAGCACGGCGGGCUCCGCAAUCAUGAGCAACAGGUACGUCUUGACCAGCGCGGCGUGGGUGACCGGUGCCUUCAACAAGGUCGCGAAGGCCGCGAGCGACGUGGGGUCGAAGACGAAGGAGAAAGUCGUGGCCGAGGAGGGCGGGGUCUCGAAGAACGCGACGGUCGCGACUGGCGAGGAUUCGUCUAAACCUCCGUCGGCUCCGCAAGGAUUGAUCCUCUGAUACUUCGAAACUAUAUUAUAUAUUAAAUCGUCGAGGAUUUCAUAUGUUGUGUUGGAGAAAUUUUUAAAAAAGGAGAAUGUAGAACAACACAUGCCAUGUCAUGGACUUUGUUUGAUGGUGAAUUUCAAGUGGAGAUGUUGGUUUUCAUUGUCCAUAUAUUUGUGGUAAAAGAUGUGAAUUAGAGUAACUCAUAUUUGUAACAAAAGAUUGUGGGAAUGAAUGAGGUAUUCAAGUACUCCCAAGUUUGGUGUA